GCUGGUGGGGGAAGGGACUGGUAGAACAAGUUGAGAAACAUGCUCUCUUCCCUUUCCUCCCAGCCCACAACCUGCUGUUCAAUUCAGCUUCAGUUUUGACAUAACUGUACUGCACUUUCCACCAUCCGCUUUCGUGAGCCGUCAUUUUUUCCCCCGGAGAGUUACCGGACCCCCUAAGCCCUGCCAGGCUGCAGAGAUGCAAGCCAUCAAAUGUGUGGUGGUAGGAGACGGAGCUGUGGGUAAAACCUGCCUCCUGAUAAGCUAUACCACCAAUGCCUUCCCAGGAGAAUACAUCCCAACUGUAUUUGAUAAUUACUCUGCCAAUGUGAUGGUGGACAGCAAACCUGUCAACCUUGGGUUGUGGGAUACAGCUGGCCAGGAAGAUUAUGAUCGCUUAAGGCCUCUUUCCUAUCCUCAGACGGACGUCUUCCUCAUCUGCUUCUCUCUUGUCAGCCCUGCAUCUUAUGAAAAUGUCCGUGCCAAGUGGUUUCCUGAAGUGCGACAUCACUGUCCUAGCACUCCCAUGGUCCUUGUGGGCACUAAACUGGAUCUUCGGGAUGACAAGGAUACUAUAGAGAAACUCAAGGAGAAAAAGCUGGCGCCCAUUACUUACCCACAAGGCCUUGCACUGGCCAAAGAGAUUGAUGCAGUGAAAUAUCUUGAAUGUUCAGCAUUGACACAGCGUGGCCUGAAAACAGUGUUUGACGAGGCGAUACGGGCAGUUCUUUGUCCACAACCUACAAAGACAAAGAAAAGGGGAUGCAAGAUCCUCUGAGAUUUCAAACUCUGUCCCCUCUUCUCCUGGAUUGAACUUUCUCUGUGCUUUGCUGAGAAGACAAACACUGAAGGUUUUAGCACUGGCUGGAUUCUUCUCCCGUACCUCUGAAGGUCAAACUAGACCAAGAUGCUGAAAGAUCCAUAAAUUGUUGUCCUCUAUGGUUUUUUAAAAUUCAUAUAUAACAACCAAAAGAGGGAGAAAGAUUUGGAUUGUUGGGGGGAAGGGGGGUUAACUUUUUUCCUCCAUGUUGAUUUUUUGCAGUCUCAAAAUGUUCCCCUAAAAUCUGUAUUUGUCCAUUGAGUGAAACAAAAAGAUUGUCAGUAUGUUACUCCCCAAUAAAGCAGUUGGUAGACCUAAAGGACCAUUUGAGGUCAGGAAAGUGGCCUAGAGGGACAGGUUGGGACACAGAACUGGUGACCCCCGAAGUCACUACUGACCAAUAAAAAGCCUUUGCAAGACCCAUUCAGUGAUUUCCCAGCAUCUCAUCUAGUUGAGCUCUCAGGACUUUGUUGUAUGAAAUUUUUCUGACCUUGCUCCUAAUAACUGUACAGCACAUGCCAUUCAAUAAAGCCAUCCUGUUCCUGCUGCCCAA